AUGCUUGCUCUACAAAUCCUUAACUUGUCAGGAACUCCCAUUAAAUCUUUGCCGGAUUCUCUUUUUGGAUUGGUCAAUCUCAAAAGGUUCUCUUUGAAUCACUGUGUUCUGUUGAAAUUACUACCAUCUGGAAUUGGAAAUCUCAAUUGCCUUGAGGUAUUUCAUCUUGAAGGGACAGCAAUAGUGGCUUUACCGAGAGAAGUUGAACAGCUCACGAAUCUCACAUCCCUAAAAGUGUCAUUUCGUGAACCUGUGAGUCUCGAUCAUCCAAGAAAAAUGAUUCCCGACGGGGUUAUACCACAGCUGUCCAAGUUGAAAAAUUUAUAUAUUGAUGUGAGUCCAAAAGAUGAGCGUUGGAAAGCAUCUGUGGAAAGUGUUGUUUUAGAGAUUUGCACACUGACAACAUUAGAUACACUUCAGUUCUACUUCCCUAACAUGAAACUUUUGAGCCGAUUUAAUUGGGACAGUAUACCAAUAUCUCCACCAUUAUCACAUUUCAGAUUUACUAUUGGUGAUCAUACCAGUCGCAUCAUUUGUCGAGUCCCUCGUGAGGCUGAGCUUGAGUUAGUACGAUAUGAUAAAUGUUUGAAGUAUGUCAAUGGUGAAGGUGCACCUAAAGAAAUCAAGAAAGUGCUUAGACACGCAUCUGCCCUUUUUUUGGAUCGCAAUAUGACUAUUGAGAAGCUAUCAGAAUUUGAAAUCUCAAAUAUGAUGCAAUUGAAAUGUUGUUUAGCAGGAGAAUGUGACAAACUCCAAUCAAUCCUAGAUGGAGAUCAAAUGGUAAUCGGCGCUUCUGAAGAAGUAGUAGUUGGUUUUGAAUCACUUGAAUGUCUAUAUAUAUAUUAUGCUAAGAGUUUGAGGAGCAUAUGUGAGGGGCGAUUGGAUAAUAGUAGCUUCAAAAAACUAAAAUAUUUGACCUUGCACAUGUGUCCAGAGCUAACCAUAGUUUUCACACUGGAGUUGCUUGGUAAUCUUUCCAGGCUUGAAGAGUUCACAGUUGAUGAUUGCUCCAACAUCAGGAGGUUAGUGCAAUGCAAAGAUAUUGAGAAUGAGAUCAAGCAUGUUCUCCCAGCCUUGAAGAAGAUUUCUCUCCAUUUCUUACCUGAAUUGGAUAGUAUCUCCGAUGUGUUAUCCAUUGCCCCAAGAAUAAAAUGGAUGAGCUUUUACUAUUGCCCAAAUCUCAAAAAUCUCCCAAUUAGCAAAGCUUUCCACACAGAAUUGGGGCAGAUCAAGAGUGAGAAGAGCUGGUGGCAAGCUUUGGAGUGGCAAAACACCGAGCAAGAUUCUAAUUGGAAAGACAUUUUUGUUGGGGUUGAUGAAGGGGAUUGA